AUGGCGCGCCUCCGCCCCGAACCAAUCGACCGCGAGAAGACCUGUCCUCUGCUGCUCAGGGUUUUCACGAGGGUUGCUGGUCACCACCAAAAUGAAGAGUUUGCUGUGAGAGGGAAGGAGCCAAAGGAUGAAGUUCAGAUUUACGCAUGGAAGGAUGCGACUCUCCGCGAGCUCACUGAUCUUGUAAGUCCUUUCUACUUCUACAGACUUAACUUUGACAUGAGUCUGCGCCUCCACCCAGAUAAGAAUCCUGGGGAUGAGGAAGCUAAAGAGAAGUUUCAGCUGCUGCAGAAGGCACUGGUGGGAGAAGCUGCAGACAAUCUUCAGGAGUACUUCAGAACAAUGUACAAGAAAGUCACAGAGGCUGACAUUGAAGAAUUUGAAGCUAAAUAUAGAGGGUCAGAUUCUGAGAAAACGGACUUGAAGGAACUCUAUACAAAAUAUAAGGGCAACAUGAACAUGCUUUUCUGCACAAUGAUUUGCUCAGAACCAAAGCUUGAUUCUCACCGCUUCAAGGAUAUAAUUGAUGAGGCGAUUGGUGAAGGUGAGCUGAAGUCAACUAAGGUGUAUGAGAAAUGGGCUAAAAAGAUCUCAGGGAUGGAGCCACCAACAAAUCCGCUAGAGAGGAGAGCAAAGAAGAGGAAGAACAGUGAGGAGAAUGAUCUGAUACUGGCUAUCUCACAGCGCAAGGCUGAGCGGAAAAAACAGUUCAACUCCAUCCUCUCGAACAUCAUGUCCAAAUGUGACUCCAAGGCGAGCAGCUCGGAGCCCACGGAAGAAGAGUUUGAGCAGGCGCAACAGAGGCCGGAGAGCAGAAGGGCCAAGAGGCGCAAGUGAUGUUGCUGCCAGCCUUCUUGCCCUAUGCUGAACAUUGUCUGAAGCUUUUGGUGUGACCUGAAUUUACCAGCAUGCAAGUGAUGGUUCUAAGACCCAGUUUGAGCGUGUCAGGGUGUGUGUCAUAUCUCUUGUCCUCUCACGGUACACUAUGUUGUAUGGUUAUCGGCUUGUCACCUUGCCGAGAGGGAAGCUCUAUUUGACUUGAAAGUAUCAUGACAUAUUUUACUGCGACAAUUAUCAUUACACAUUUCUCCAAAUUAUGUUGCAAGAAUAAAAAUUGGCUUCAAUUUCAAAA